AAGUGGGACCUCCGCCUCUUCAGCCCAGGCUGCGACCCCAACACGACCUCGUUCGACCUCUCGCUCUGGCACCGGCAGGGCGUGGCCGCGACGGACGGGUGCGCCGCGCUGGACGCGGGGCUGAACGCGAGCACCGUGGACACGUUCUCGUGGAAGAGCCCCAGCACGAGCAGCGCGUACGAUCUGUGUCUGUAUGGGGCGGGGUGCGGGACCGACUCCGGGGAUGAUGUCCAGGUGAUCCGGAGCGGGUGGGAGGUGUGCGUGAAGUAUACGGGGUGGAGGGGGUGGGGGGUUGUCGCGCAUGGGGAGGAUUGUUAG